AUGGUUGUAUCGUUCUCGAUCGUUCGUAACUGGUACCGUCUCACAUCGAGGAGCGAUGAUUCCUUUAGCCAUUCGAUGCGUCACAUAAACACGUUGAGGUUUUUGAUUUUCUCCAUCAUCAACAUGGGCCACAACAUUCUUUACGCACAACCACGAACCGCAAUGGUUAUUGAACGGAAAUACAGUGAAAUUAUGUCGAUGAUCAUCGCAAACGGUUCGCAUAUCGUCACUACCUUUUUCGUGAUCAGUGCGCUGAUGGUUUUCCUUUCCUUGGUACCGAAGUUGGAAAAGACAGACAGAAAACUAGGAAUCGUGGAUAUCGUAAUGAUGUCGGUUGAGCGCUAUAUUCGCUUAACCCCUGCCUAUGCCUUCGUGUUGCUCUUGGAAGCCACUUGGGUUGCGCGCUAUCUAGGUGGACCCCUUUGGCGGAAGGGAUUCGAAACAUCCAGGACCUACUGUCGUCGGCAUUGGUGGGCCAAUCUCUUGUACAUCAACAACUACUACGCGACAGAUGAGCCAUGCAUGCAACACACGUGGUAUUUGGCCGCUGACUUCCACAUGUUCGUCUACGCAGCAGCUUUAGUAUACAUGAACGGAUAUGAAGCGGUGACGGUUCUACCUCCAGAGCCUCUGAGGUUCUUUUUCUGGUACUGGGACAUGUACCACGAAACAUACCUGCCCACACACAUGAACCUGGUCAACUACACCACAGCGAUUAUGGGUUCGUUCUACAUCCUUCAUCUGCAUAAAAAAAAGUUUCACCCCACAAAGAUGUUUUCGAUGCUGUGGAUUCUCGGUUUCUGCGCCAUACCUGGCUCGUUCAUUGCGGGGUACUUAAUCUACAGCAACGUUUUCCACAAACCUUCCAUCUGGAUGGCCGUGUACUUCCCGCUGGGUCGCAUAUUCUACACGCUGCUCCUGCUGCUGUUCAUAAUCGGCUGCACGUUUCGCACCAUAGAACCGAUCGCACGACUACUUAAUAUUCACAUUUUUGGUAUCCUUGGGCGCCUGUCCUACUGUGCAUAUUUGGGCCACUUUUUCAUAACCCGAGCCUUCUGGUUCAACAGCAGUCGGUUCACAGACCUGGGCAUCGUAGAAAUGACCGCUUCAUGUUUGUCAACCCUGCUGAUGUCGUACUGUUUUGCAGCCUUCCUGUCCUUGGUGCUUGAAUCACCAUUCCUUGCACUUCGCAAAAUAAUAUUUGAAGGAUUACAUGGAAAAUUCAAAACCUCGGCAAUCGCUAAAGGUAGAAUGCAGGCCACUACAGAAAGCGUGUAUAGUACAACCAGCAUUAAGUUGUGA